CGCGGUUCUGAGCGCGGAACCGUGGGAGGCUUCGUUCGUCCGUCCGUCCCGUUCCCCCCUCGCCUCCCCCUGCUGCCGCCCUCGUCUUGCUCUUCUAGCUGUCUCGAAAUACGGGCGCGCCCCGAGCGAGACGUGACGCGCAGAAAAUGAGGGUCGUCGGGCCCUGGCUCGUCCUCCCCCUCUUAGGCUGGACCCUCUGCAGCGGUUUUAGCGCGUGGGAACCGCAGACGGAAGUUCCUCCUCCAAAAAAUAUUGUUGUAAAAUCAUAUAACUACAACAUCUCUGUAUGCUGGGAUUAUGAAAACUCAUCCUCAAAGCCUCUAUUUACCGUGCGGAUCACGUGCUACAGCACUGGUAUUUACGAGGAAGUUGAUACUUGCAUAAACAUAACACAACACUAUUGUGACCUCACCAACAAGACUGAUCAGUGUGAAACCUUCUGGGUGGGAGUGAAAGCUCUUUCUGGACAACACGAAUCUAAAUAUAAUGAACAAAAAUUUGAUGUUCUCAGGGAUGGCCAAAUAGGACCUCCAAAGUUCAAUCUUUCCAUUGAUAAUCAUGAUGUUAUACUUAAUAUUGAAUCACCUCUCAGUCUAUAUGAAGACCUAAUUGACCAGUUCAUCUACAAAGUGUUCCUUUGGCCAAAUGGAAGCCCAGAAGAGCGACAAGAGUUUAUCUGGGAGGACUGCUUUGAUCAGACAUGCAGUUUACCUCUUCCUAUUUCUUCUUUGAAUACCUCUUACUGUAUUUCCGUUCAAGCCAUUUUAUCAGUGAUAUCAAAGGCUGGUGAAGAAUCAGAAGAAAAGUGUAUCUCUCCUUCUCCCAAGAACCACCUAGGCUUGACAUUGUUGAUAAGUUUCGGAACUGUUGUCUUGCUUCUUCUGGCAGUCAUUCUUACCAUGGUCUUCAUAAAACUUCGGGAGAAAAAAAUUACGCUUCCCAAAUCUCUGGUUACUGUGGUAAGAAACCAAGUCAGCAGUGCUGAAUUUAAGUCAGAAUGCAAAUAUGAUAUUAUAUCUUCAACAUCUUACAAGCCAGUGGUAGAGUGUGAAGAUGAAAAAUCAGUAGAGAAAUUAGAUGUCACUGAGAAGGUAAAAACCACUGAUCCCAGUGAUUAUGGCAAAGAAGCAGAUGCUGAUGAUUCCCAAGGAAUUCAAGGAGAAGGGAGCACCCAAGAGGACACGGGUGCAGAAAUCCAUGAAAAUGAACAGAUUCAUGAAGACAGUAUCAUGGAUUACUCAAAAUCUCUCACUGGCCAAGACACACAUAGCAGUCUUCAAAAUCAGGAUCCUUCCAAAGCAGAUGUCCAACGAAGUACAGUCCUAGGAUGCUCAAUAAAAGCAUCUGGGUAUGACAAACCCCACUGGAUUGGCUCAAGCUCUAGAGAUGAAUUCUGACUACCGUCCAAAAAUUGGGGAAACAAUUUUUCCUAUAAAAGAGCAUUAUCAGAAACUUCAUCAGAAGCAUCCAUGGCCAUGCUUGUGAGCACUUUAAUCCUCACAGUACAGUGAGACUUCAUAUAGUCUUAUGGUAUGAAACCUGAGAUGUGCUAAACUGAAGAUACAGUCCUAUUGUCCUUUUUACUUGGUAAAAAGUCCUUUUUACUUGGUAAAAAAUAAAUCUCAUUGUAUUCUCUUCAUUUUGAAUAGAUAUUCAUAAGGUUCUAAUACAGUUAUUUCAUGAUAUACCAAUAUGGUGCCCUGACAGCCUUUUUAUUAAGAACCUGGUAUUUUCUAAAAAAAAUUGGACUAUAAAUUCUAUAGUUCUUUGCCAGCAGCCUUGAUGAUUGGGUGCUGGUAGGCUUGAACAGCUGGACAGCAUUAUUUUGCCCUUUGUUCUCAGAGCAGUUCCUUUUCUCCUGCCAAAGGUAUGAUAGGUAUUAAAGAUAGGACUAACUGACCAGAGGUUUCUCUCUAUAUUGGUCAGUAGAAGAGGCUGUGGGAGUAUUACAACAAGUGUAGUCUUCUGUGCAUAGUAGGGGAGAUUUGUAGUGUUAGCUUUUUGCUGACAGGAGAAAAUUCCAAAAAGCCCAACUUGUAAGGAAAUACUGGAAAAGUAUAAUUUUCAGCCAGGGCAUUUCCAGGGAGGACUUGGAAAGACCAUAACAAGUAGAUGGGGCUAUAUUGUAUUCAAGCAAUUUCACUUCAGGUAAAAUAGCUUACUGGUUUCUGUAUGUAUUAGAUAUGUACCAUAUAAUAUGACUCAUAAGUAUGUGAACAUACGUUACCUUUGCAGAUAUUUAAGCAUGGUAAAUACUUGAACCAUUUGUUUAGUGCCUACAUUUAAAUAUUUAGCCAUAUGAUUAUUAAUCUUCAUUCUGUCUUGGAAAGUUUUAUACAAAUUGUUUAUAGCUGUGACAAAUGAAAUGGCCAGCCAGCAUUAAUUCCCAGAAUCCUCAGGAAACAUGAAAAUCUGAGAGUUGCACUCCAGAUAGAACUGAAAAUUGCCAGAUUGGUGAAGCUAGACCAGUUCAUUCUGCUUUACAAACAAGGGUUUAAAUUCCAUUGUCCUUUGACUGUAACUAGUUUGGUAACACUAAAAUUACUUUGAGGCAGUGAACUGUAGUGGUUAAGGUGUUGGACUAGGACCAGAGAGACCCAGGUUCAAGUCUACCCUCAGUCACGGAAGUUCACUAGGUGACUGGGCCAGUCAUUCUCUGUCAAUCCAGUGUUUCCCAUAGGGUUGUUGGAGUGGGAGAAUGGAGGACUGCUAUCUACACCGCCUUGAUCUUGUGAGGAAAGGUAUGAUAUAAAUCAGUAAUACUUAGAUCUUAGUAAUCAAAGAUGGAACCCCAAUAGAUGUCAAUUGUUGAGAUGUCUAUCAUUUUAUUACAGGAUAGCUUUCCUUGACAGUACGUAUCUUGUAGCAACUAUAUCCAGGUAAAGACUAUAAGGAAAAUAAUACAGGUAGUGCUUGCUUAAUGACUGCCCUGUUUAGCAACUGUUCAUAAGUUACAACAGUGCUAAAAAAGUAAC